GACGGCAUCCCUUGCUUCACCUUGUUCAUUGCACUGUUUCGUCCCGACCGUACGGCACAGCACAGCGCAACUCCACACUUCAUCCCACCUCAGCAUUCCAUUCCCGAGCUCCAGCCUCAAGCCUCCUGAAGCUCCUCUUCGAGAAACCUCGCACGGCCACCGACGCCACACUUCUUAUAAUGUCUUCCCCACCAACACCACCCGACGAGAAGCAGACGGAAGAGCAAAAGCAAACCCAGAAAGACAAGGUCCUCGCCCAAGCGACCGCCAAGCUCCAAGAGGCACAGAAAGAGACCGAAGCCGCACAGGCGCUCCGCGAGCGGGCCGAGGCGACCGAGGACCCGGAGGAGAAGAAGAAGAUACUCGCCGAGGCGGCGGAGCACGAGAGAAAGGCACAGGGGUCGGCUAAGCAGUCGAAGCGGUUGCAGAGCGGUGUGUGGCAGGGCGGUAUUGGCGGCGCGGGCAUCGGAGCCGGACUUGGUACGGGACUAGGCGCCGGGGUGGGUACGUUGGUGGGGGCUGUUGUCGGCGGUGUUACGGCUAUUCCUACGACAGGGCUUGGGCUUUUGGUUGGCGCUGGGACGGGUGCCAUACAUGGGCCUUGGUAUAAGUUGGAACAGGAGAAGAAGGAAGCUGAGGAGGCGGAGGCGAACGGGAAGGACGGGGGAGAGUCAGAUGAUGGAGAACGGGCUGAGAAGGCCGUCAAGGCCGGUUGAGACCUAGACUGCGGUUCUGUUUCCUUGUUUGUUAUUUUUGUUUGGCGAGGAUACCAUCUGAC